GUUUUAAUUUAAUUCCAUUUAAACGCGAAACUUUAAUCACCGUCUAUCGUCGGAGUUCUUUUCCUACUUUCGUCUGUCUCAUAAGUCAUACUCUUCACUCCUCUUUCAAUCCUGACACAGGAAGAAGAAGAACAACAACAACAGUAGGAGAAUGGAGACCCAUAAUUCCUCUUUCGCUAACUUCUCUUCUUACCUUCAUGCACUGGCCCAGACUCCGGCCCGUUUCGCCCGACGGGCUUUUUCCGUAACCACUUCCUACGAUGAAAUGAGCCGGGUACGGGCUAAGUCCGGCUCAAACAUGCGUCGAACUCUUCGUUCGUACGAUCUCGUCGGACUUGGCAUUGGCGGGAUGGUCGGUGCCGGCGUUUUCGUCACCACGGGUCAGGCCAGCCGCUUAGACGCCGGUCCCGCCGUAGUAAUUUCCUACGCCAUUGCUGGCCUUUGCGCACUCCUAUCCGCCUUCUGCUACACUGAAUUCGCCGUCGACAUGCCUGUCGCCGGUGGCGCCUUCAGCUACCUCCGCGUUACUUUUGGCGAGUUCGCGGCAUUUAUAACCGGAGCCAACCUCAUAAUGGAGUAUGUAAUGUCAAAUGCGGCCGUUUCACGGAGCUUCACAGCUUACGUGGGCGCCGCAAUCGGCGUCUCCUCUUCAAAAUGGAGAUUAACCGUGCACGGACUCCCUAAAGGCUUAAAUGAGAUCGAUUUCGCUGCCGUUGCCGUCGUUUUAUUUAUCACUUUCAUAAUCUGUUACAGUACGAGGCAGAGCUCAGUGGUGAACAUUAUUCUGACUGUACUGCACAUUUUGUUCAUCGUGUUCGUCAUAGUGAUUGGGUUUUGGAAAGGAGAUACUAAGAAUUUUACUGAGUCCGCAAACCCGAAACACCCAUCCGGGUUCUUUCCCUACGGAGCUUCGGGUGUUUUCUAUGGAGCAGCUAUGGUUUACAUGAGUUAUAUUGGAUACGACGCCGUUUCAACCAUGGCUGAAGAAGUACAAAACCCCGUUAAGGAUAUCCCUGUCGGGGUUUCGGGUUCCGUUGUAAUCGUUACCGUUCUUUACUGCUUAAUGGCCGCUUCAAUGUCUAUGCUUCUCCCUUAUGAUAUGAUCGAUGAGGAGGCGCCGUUUGCGGCUGCGUUUAGUGGGAAAUCUGACGGCUGGAAGUGGGUGUCGAACGUGAUAGGAGUGGGGGCCAGUUUCGGGAUACUGACGUCGCUGUUGGUGGCGAUGCUUGGACAGGCUCGGUACAUGUGCGUAAUCGGACGGUCGAGCGUGGUCCCUGAAUGGUUCGCUCGGGUCCACCCUAAGACAUCAACGCCCGUCAACGCCUCCGCUUUUCUUGGAAUCUUUACUGCUGCUAUUUCGCUUUUCACUGACUUAAGUGUGCUGCUCAACCUUGUAUCAAUUGGGACACUCUUCGUCUUUUACAUGGUAGCAAAUGCUGUUAUCUAUAAACGAUAUGUAAAUGUGGGCACAACAAAUCCCUGGCCUACGCUGUCGUUCCUGCUCUUGUUUUCAGUGACCUCUGUAAUAUUCACCAUUAUAUGGCGUUUUGUCCCACCAUACAAGUCUAAAGUCUUUAUGCUUGGAUCUUGCAGUGUAAUCGCCAUAGCAGUAUUGCAGGUUUUUCAUUGCAUCGUUCCACAAGCAAAAAAGCCAGAGUUCUGGGGUGUCCCUUUGAUGCCAUGGAUACCCUGUAUGUCUAUCUUCUUGAACAUAUUUUUACUGGGGUCACUCGAUGGACCAUCCUAUGUGCGAUUCGUUUUCUUUUCGGCUGUGGCAGUGGUUGUAUAUUUAUUAUACAGUGUUCAUGCUAGCUUUGAUGCUGAAGGAGAUGGGUCCUUGGGUCAAAAGAAUGAAGAAAUUCUGCUGGAAUCAACAGAAAGUGAGAACCCUAGUAUUAAAGUAUAACAGUUUCUUUUGUAAAUUACAUUUUCUGCUCCACUUUCCUGUGUUGUUUGAUGGCCAGAAACUGAGAAAAGUGGCGUGGGAAAAAGUAAAAGAAAUGGAAUUGAUUUGAAUUGACCUCUGCAGUUUUUUUUUUAAAGAAAUAUGAACUUGUAAGUCUUUGAUUAAGCCCACCCUCUUGAUCCUUUUAUCCAUCAACCUUUACUGUGACAUUUGACCUCAAUCAAUUAACGUAUGAAAAAAUUAUUCAA